UAAUAUAUUUUUUAAUGAAUAUAAUUUUUUAUGACAAGUAAUAAAUAAUACUAUUUAAACAUUUUGAUGUAAGCACUUUAAAUAUAUAAAUUUUUAUUAAAUAAUCUAUAGCUAUGAAAUAGCAUAUGUUUUAUCAUUUUUAGUCUGUUAUCAGUGCGUAACCUUUUUGAGGUUAUGUUUCACAUAACCCAUUGCUCACUACUAAUCUAUGACAUUAACAUUAAUUAUGAUUUUUGAUCUCGAUAUUCACGAUCAUAUAAACAGAUCUCGAUACCUGACACUCAUGUACCGAAGCCUAGGAAAAGCAAUCCGAAAAUUGAAUCGCAGAAAAUCAACAUGGAAGACAAGAAAAUCUCCUUUCUGCGCAUGCGUGACAUGCGAUUAAUAUUUCAGACAAAGAUAGAGACACUCUACUCAUCUCUAUCUGUUUCGCAAAAACGCGAACUUUGUUGACUGUCCAUGUUGAUUUUUCACGACUAGACACGACUCAAUUUUUGGGUGGUUUUUCCCUAGCAAGUGUCGAGAUUUGCUUAUAUGAUCGUGAGUGCGAUCAUUACUCUAGAAUCUAGAAUAAUCAUAUGUACAUAUAUGUUUCAUUAUAUGCACUAUUCUAGUAUUCAGUAUAUUUUUAGUUUAGUUAAUAAUUAUAUUUAUACGUAAAUGUUUAUUUCCUAUUUUUAUAAAUACACUUUCAUCUUAAAUAAAGAUGCUAACAUAUUUUUUAAAAACAUACUUUUAUAAAAUUAGUAAUUAAAAUUCCACAACAUGUCACAAUAUGAGGAUGUUAUUGUGGAAGACAAAAGGAGUGAUGAUAGUGUGAUACCAGAAUCAGAGAUUCGGCAUAGAAUCCCAUGGAGCGAACGCGUGUUAUUAAACAGUGAAAUACCAGGCUUACAUGAAGUUAAAGAGCUAUUGGAAGAUGACGAUGCAAGCUGUUUAGCAGAAGAAGAAGAUGGAGUUGGUUGUCCAUUACCUUCAACUCCUGAAGAUGAUCAUCUUCUGGAUUGUGAGAUGACAGAAGUGUUAAAAGCUGGUGUGUUAAGUGAUGAAAUUGAUCUUGGUGCAUUAGCACAUAAUGCUGCAGAACAAGCAGAAGAAUUUGUUCGUAAGGUUUGGGAAGCAUCCUGGAAGCAAUGUCAUUUCAGAAAUCUUCCAAAGUGGUUGCAGGAUAAUGAUUUCUUACAUGCUGGUCACAGACCACCUUUACCAUCUUUUUAUGCUUGUUUUAAAAGUAUAUUUCGAAUUCAUACAGAGACAGGAAAUAUUUGGACUCAUUUACUUGGAUGUGUGGCAUUUAUUGGUAUUGCUAUCUUCUUUAUAACACAACCUCCUAUAGAAAUACAAUUGGAAGAAAAAUUGGUAUUUGGUACCUUCUUUGCCGGUGCUAUUAUAUGUCUAGGAAUGUCAUUUGCCUUUCAUACUGUACACUGCCACAGUGAAUGUGUUGGAAAGUUGUUUUCAAAAUUAGAUUACUGUGGAAUAGCUAUGUUAAUUAUGGGUAGUUUUGUACCAUGGCUUUACUAUGGUUUUUACUGUGAUUAUCAACCUAAGCUUAUUUAUUUAUCAGUAGUUGUAAUACUUGGUGUAACGAGUAUCGUCGUAUCAUUGUGGGAACGAUUUGGUGAACCAAGUUACAGGCCAUUAAGGGCAGGCGUUUUUAUGGGAUUUGGUCUUAGUGGAGUAAUACCAGCAGUACAUUAUGCUAUUGCAGAGGGUUGGUUUAAGGCAAUUAGUCAGGCAUCUCUUGGAUGGUUAAUAUUAAUGGGAUGUUUGUAUAUAUUAGGUGCAAUGUUUUAUGCAUUAAGAGUACCUGAACGAUUUUUCCCCGGCAAGUUCGAUAUUUGGUUUCAGAGUCAUCAAAUCUUCCACGUGUUAGUAAUUGCAGCAGCUUUUGUUCAUUACCACGGAAUAACAGAGAUGGCUAUGUAUAGAAUGACAAUAGGAGAUUGUACAAAUCCAUCGCAGGUGAUGGCUUUUUAAUUAUGCAAUGAGCAUAUAAUAUCGUGUUGUUGGAUUUCACAUUAUGUACCUUUAUUGAGACUUAAAAAGAUUCCUAAAUCUUUGUAUGUUGGUAGAUCUGUACUACAAAAGAACUGCUGGAAACAAUAUCAUGAAAAUGAAUAACACAAGAUUUUCCUUCUAGUUCAUCAUAAUUAAAAAAGAAUUUUCAAGAAAAUUUACAAAGAUUUAAAUAAUGAAGUACAAUAUGUGAUAAUGAAGAUUAUUAAUAAUGAAUUUAUAACAUUUAAUUAAAUGAAACUUUUUGCACUUUCGUAAUUCUGAAUUCAUGGAAAAUAUAGUUAACUUUGUAUUAAGUUCAACGUUUAAAACGUUUACCAAAAAUUUCGGCAGUACAAAAUAACAAAUAAUAAUUAUUUGCACUUGUUGUUUCUUCCUUUAUAUGAAUAAUUUAUUUAAAUAAUGUAAUUUCCUUGUGCAAUGACUUCACUAUAUACUAAAUGAAUAUAAAGUUAUAAAUAUUAUUUUAUCAACUGAUAACGACUGAUUUCUUGUUUCGUGCAGUUCUCUUACUUAUUGAAAACAAGUUGAAAAAAAUUGUAUGAAAACGAAACAGAGUACAGAUAUAUGGCAACGAACAAAACUUAAUAUAAUUAAGAUUUAGGAACUAAUUGCAAAUACAGAUGAUUUUAUAGUAUAAGCACUAUAAAAGUUAUAAUAUAUUUUGAACACUGUUAAAGCAAUGAAAACUAUUUAUUGUAACGAUUGUGUGUAAAUUAUAUAAAUUCAACUUUUUUUGCGUCACACAUGGACAUAGAAAGUAAAACAUUAAUUUCUUUCAGUGUUUAUAUCUUCAAAAUUUAUUAUGUAUUAUAAUUUGUGUUUUGACUUUCUAUUCCCUAUAUUGAUCACAAGAAGGAUUUCCACUUUUUAAUAUUAGUAAAAUAACUUUUAUUGUCCCAUUUUCUUGCUAAACUUUUCAAUUCAUAACUUUUUAUCUAUCUUUUCUAUGUAAAUCUACGUUUAUGUAAAAUAUACAUUUCAUUGUAGAUCUGUUGUUCUUUAGUAUAAAAAGUGUUGAAUACUUUUGUUAUUAUUGUAGGGUCUAGUACUAAUAUAAAGAGAUAUUGUUGAACUUUUUACAUAAAUAAUUCUUACUAUUGGUAAAUUAAUAAAGGAGGAAGUUAUGAAUUUCAUAUGUAAAAAGACAAUUAUCCUACUUUAUGUAAUUUCCCAAAAAUAUAUUUUUCUAAAUAAAUAUUGUAGUAUCAUUUGUGAACUAUUUAAAUUGUACUAGAAAUAUCUUUAUCCACUGUAAUAAGUGACAAUCGAGAUAUUCAGAUGAAAAAAUAUAAGGUUUAUAAAAUCAAUUAAUUUAUGUUAAAUGGAAAAGGAAGCUGUUUCAUUAAUUAUGUAACAUAUAAAAAAAUCUAAAUCUUGUCAUUAAAAAUAAUAAGCUACUAAUUGAAUUUAUGUUUCAGCAUAUUUGUAUAUGUAAUUUAAUUUUACUAUUAGAUUAAAUAGUUACAGUGAACAGAAAAAAAUUGUGGUUGAUUCAUUUACUUAUUUAUGCUCUAAUAAGAAUUGUUAGAUCUGUAAUUUCUAUCAUUUUUCCAAAUUAAGAUUGGAAAUAAUUCUGACGAUCUUCUAUGUUUUUGGUGUAUAAAAUAAUAUUUAUAUAUAAAGUAUUUGUAAACAUGUAAAAAAAUAUUAAAAAUUUUAUAAUAAAAAUAAUUGUUCAUCUUA